GGUGCGCACGGCGAUGGCGGGCGGGCUCGGCUCGGGCCCGCGCAUUCGUGAGGGGGAUUGCGCUGUCCUGAAGCGGGAUGAUGUUUUCAAAGCGGUUCCCGUGCUACGGCGGAGGCUAACUGGCAUAGCAAGAACUGCCUGCACCCCUGCAGGAAAUACUGUAAUCAGUGGACACAGCCUGGGCUCUUCCCAUUGCAGCAGACAAUUUUAUAGACCAAUGUGUAGAAGUCAGUAUUGGGUAAUGUGGCCAGACAUCUGAUUCAGUAGCGUGGAGAUUUAAAGAAAAAUAAUUUUUGAGAAGCAGUGGUUCUAUCUGGAUAAUGCCAUUGGACAUAUUUAUGGAACUACAUUUGAAGUAACCAGUGGUGGAAACCUUCAGCCAAAGCAAGAGUUGGAAGAGACUACCACAGGUAGUGCAGAGGAUUGGCUGGUAUUUGGAAAAAUGAGUUCCAAUUAAUUUGUUUCUUUGAUAAGACCACAGAUGAUGGAAAACCUUUCUAUUAAUCAUUUGUUAACAUUACUUAUAUUCUUUCUGUCAUAAAAGUGCAUGGUUUUGUCUUGAUCUGCUGUUUCACUAGUCGUGUAACAAUAAGCUUUUUAACAGGGGAGAAAAUCUGAACCUUAGUUUGGGUGAAUAUCUAUAUGCUAAGGUGUAUUUUAUGUAUCAUUUCAUUGAUUGCCUAGGCAAUACUUUGCAAGGCCAUGAAGCAUGUGGGUUUAAUCCUGAGAAGUCUGCUUUCUGUGAAAUUAAAAUCAUAUGUUUCUCCAACUUCAAGAUAUUUAGAGUUAGAUUUUACAAAUAUAUAUUCUUUUCCUUUAGAAACAAAAGAAGCAGGUACAGAUAAUCGUAACAUAGUUGACGAUGGAAAGUCUCAAAAACUGACUCAUGAUGACAUAAAGGCUUUGAAGGACAAGGGUAUUAAAGGACAGGAAAUAGUUCAACAGUUAAUAGAGAACAGUACAACAUUCAGAGACAAAACAGAAUUUGCUCAAGAUAAAUACAUAAAGAAGAAGAAAAAGAAAUAUGAGGCAGUUAUUACAAUUGUGAGACCGUCCACUCGCAUUCUUUCAACAAUGUAUUAUGCAAGGGAACCUGGAAAAAUCAACCACUUGCGAUAUGACACCCUAGCUCAGAUGUUGACUUUAGGAAACAUCCGUGCUGGCAACAAGAUGAUUGUAAUGGAAACAUGUGCAGGCCUUGUGCUGGGCGCGGUGAUGGAGCGAAUGGGAGGCUAUGGAUCCAUUAUUCAGAUGUAUCCAGGAGGGGGACCUGUUAGAGCUGCUACCAGUUGUUUUGGAUUUCCAAAACCUUUUUUCGAUAAUCUUCAUGAAUUUCCUCUCAGCAAAGUGGAUAGUCUCCUCUCUGGGACAUUUUCUACAGAGACUCUGCCUUCAGAACCUGAAGAUAACACGCUAGUGGAACAAGAAAGCAAUGGAUUGGGUGAUGAGAAGCAGACUUCCCUACAGGAAACAGAAGAGGAAUCUGCUACUGAAGCACCUAUGGAGAUCAACCAAACAGAAGAGCAAGAAACGAUGGACAUUAAUGCUGAAGAUGUAGACUUUAAAGAGAACAAAGAAAAAGAAAAGGAAAAUGUUCGGGAAAAGCAAAGAAAACAAUGGGAGAGAAGGAAAAAGCUAAUAGAAACUGCUGCUUUGUUGAGAGAGAAGAAUGCUGAUGGCUUAAUUGUAGCCAGCAAGUUUCAUCCCACUCCUUUAUUACUUUCUUUACUGGAAUUUGUUGCUCCUUCAAGGCCUUUUGUUGUCUACUGCCAGUAUAAAGAGCCAUUAUUAGAAUGUUACACAAAGCUGAGGGAACGAGGCGGUGUUAUUAACCUAAAGCUGUCUGAAACCUGGCUACGAAACUACCAGGUCUUACCGGAUCGAAGCCAUCCAAAGCUGACGAUGAGUGGAGGUGGAGGGUACCUUCUAUCUGGUACAACUGUUGUCUUGGAUAAGGGCAAAUCUGAUUCCAGUAAUUUAGAAGCGCUGAAGAUGGAAGAGCCGUCAACUAAAAGAUGCAAAGUUCAAGACCUUCCUUGUUAACAUUUGAAGAAUUGCUUUGAUUUUUAGAUCUCAGGAGUCUUACUGUUAGUAAAACAACAAGUAUACUUUCUGUGCUCUUGACAGCACAGAAAUUGUACCUGUCACACACCUGUCAGCAAAAAGCAGCAGAACUGUGUGGUAGGAAGGAUUGUCUCACUCUGAACCAGUUUCCAUGAUCAGAAUAAGAAAAACCCUUGGAAGCAAAAAUCCCCCUGAAAACGCACUGACUUCAGAAAGAAGAGGAAGCAUCAUUCUGAUUGCUUGUUGCCAGAAGUGGAUAUGACGAAGGCAUCUUUUUAAAGGUCGAGCCCAAAUCAAGACAUCUAACUUAGCUUCCCGUUCUCUCAGAGCAGCAUCAGGGUGAAACAUCCUACGUGGUGAUCUGCUCCUUAUUUGGACACCGAACCCAGCCACGUUUAGUAACGUGAGGAAGUGGAAUGAACUGCAAAAAUGCUACACUUUUCUUUCCAGAAGAACAAUAGAGAAUACUAAUACCAGAACUUUACAGCAUGACCCAUGUUUUCCUGAAAUCCAGAAGAGAAAGUGCAUGUUCAUAAAUUAAAAUACCAAAUAUUUAAACAGAA